CCCCUCUCUCACAGAACCGAGCGAACCGUUGUCGAGGACGUAUCGGAGAUACCCGUGUGCGUAUCCAAAACAACAUUUGUUUAUAAUUUGCCUCCUUUGACCACCACAACAACAGCAACUAAAGACAAACAAUACCAUGCAGAUUAUUUGAAUAUAGAAUAUGCGUGACACCUAGUGCGCGAGUUCGAGGAACCCUUCCAAGAAGUUUACGAAGGAUUUUCAUCACGGUUGUUGCUGUUUCUGUUUAUUUAUUUAAAAUUUGUUCUGUUAUUCAUGUGGAAGGUACAACGAUAAUUCAGUGCCCGCGGAAGGAAAUUUGUGUGUUAUGUGUGUGUGCCCCCAUGCGGGAAGUUAAACUAAAAUGUGGAUUACAAACUCGAGAAAGGAUUAUUGUUUUUGGAUUAUAGCAUCUUCCGCACUCGUACUCCUCUGUCUGGUGCACACUGCAACAGGAUUCGUUUCGUGUUCGCCCAGUCCAUGCAAGAAUGGAGGGUCCUGCAUAUCAUUGCCACGCGGAGACUCUUAUUGCAACUGCACGUCGAAGUACGUAGGAGAGUACUGCCAACAUGUGAAUCCUUGCUACACGGGUCCAGGACCUCGAUGCCAGAACGGCGGUUCCUGCGAGGUGCGCGUGUCGCCCGGCACCUCGCCAAGCUUCACGUGCGUUUGCCCGCUGGGUUUCAGCGCCUCCCUCUGUGAGAUCCCCAUCGCCAACUCAUGUGACAUCAAACCGUGUAAGAACGGCGGCACGUGCAACCUGACUUCCUCGCUCAAGUCCUACAAAUGUAGCUGUGCACCAGGAUAUACAGGAACGCAUUGUGAGAAACAGGACCACUGCGCGUCGCAGCCUUGCCGCAACGGUGCCGAAUGCAUCUCGGUCGGUGACAAGUACAAGUGUAAGUGCGCUUCCGGUUUCAAAGGACUCUCGUGCACGGACGACAAGGACGAGUGCCGACAGAAGCCGUGCCAUCAUGGAAUUUGCCACAACACUCACGGAAGCUACACAUGCACUUGCGAUGAGGGUUUCACCGGAAAGAACUGCGAGAGCGAAUACAUUCCAUGCAAGCCGAGUCCUUGCGAAAAUGGAGGGCUCUGCAGGCCCUUGGAUAAGCACACAUACACAUGCGACUGUCCCAGCGGUUUUCGAGGUCCAAACUGCGAGGAAAACAUUGACGACUGUCCGGGUCACCAAUGCCAGAAUGGAGCGACCUGCCUAGAUGGAAUCAACUCGUACACCUGCCAGUGUCCUGCGACCUAUAAGGGUCGCUUCUGCGAGCAGGACGUGGACGAAUGUUCACUGAGACCGUCCGUUUGCCAAAACGGUGCGACCUGCAACAACAACGUCGGUGGCUUCUCCUGCAUAUGUGUAAACGGUUGGACGGGUCCGGACUGCUCCGUUAACAUCGACGACUGCGCCGGAGCAGCUUGCUUCAAUGGGGCCACAUGCAUCGACCGGGUGGGCAGCUUCUACUGCCGCUGCACCGCAGGAAAAACAGGUUUGCUCUGUCAUUUGGAUGACGCCUGUACUAGCAAUCCAUGCCACGCAGAUGCCAUAUGCGACACAAGCCCCAUAAAUGGAUCGUACACUUGCAGCUGUGCAUCGGGAUACAAAGGAAUCGACUGUUCGGAGGACAUUGAUGAGUGCGAGCAAGGAUCACCAUGCGAACACGAUGGAAUAUGUGUGAAUACACCGGGGAGCUUCGCCUGCAACUGCACCCAGGGCUUUACUGGACCGCGUUGCGAGACCAACGUGAACGAGUGCGAAUCCCACCCAUGCCACAACGAAGGAUCAUGUCUGGACGAUCCUGGAACCUUCAGAUGUGUCUGCAUGCCUGGAUUUGCCGGUACGCAAUGCGAGAUCGACAUCGAUGAGUGCAAAGAUGGACCAUGUCUGAACGGCGGCAUCUGCCAUGACAGCAUCAACUCGUUUAAGUGUACGUGCGCCGUUGGCUUCACCGGGUCCCGGUGCCAGAUUAACAUCGACGAUUGCUUCUCAAGCCCCUGUCGCAAUGGCGGAACAUGCGAGGACUCCAUCGCCGGGUACACUUGCAUUUGUCCACCAGGAUAUACAGGAUACUCCUGCGAAACAAACAUCAACGAUUGUCAAUCCUCGCCUUGCCAGCAUGGCGAAUGUAUAGACGGUGAAAAUUCGUUCUCGUGUACUUGCCAUCCGGGUUACACCGGCUACUUGUGCCAAUCACAAAUCAAUGAGUGCGAGUCAAAUCCGUGCCAAUUUGGAGGCACAUGCCAGGACCUCGUGAACGGUUACCAAUGCAUCUGCAAAGCUGGCACAUCAGGCAAGAAUUGCGAGAUCAACGACAACGAGUGCAUGAGCAAUCCAUGCAGGAACGACGCCCGCUGCAUCGACGAAAUCAACAGUUAUUAUUAUCAUCGAUCGUACACUUGCGAAUGUAGACCUGGUUACACUGGACAACACUGCGAAAAGGACAUCAAUGAAUGUUUAUCGGACCCUUGUGCAAACGGAGGUGUUUGCAUUGAUCUCGUCAACGGGUUCCACUGCGAGUGUCCAAGAGGUUACCACGACGCGAGGUGUUUAAGCGAUGUUGACGAAUGCAAGUCUAAUCCAUGCAAACACGGUGGUACUUGUGAAGAUGGCGUCAACCAGUUCAUAUGCCAUUGCUUACCAGGAUACGGAGGAAAGCAAUGCGAGAACAACAUUGAUGAAUGCGCUUCGAAUCCAUGUCAGCACGGUGGACAUUGCCAUGAUCAUUUGGCAUCUUACAUGUGCGAAUGCGUACCCGGCUAUACCGGCACUAACUGCGAGACAAACAUUGAUGACUGCGCAUUCAAUCCGUGCAAAAACGGCGGUACGUGCAUCGACCAGGUGAACAACCACAUGUGCAUCUGUGAACUACCAUUCACGGGUCGCGAGUGUCAGGAGAAGUUGGAUCCAUGCUCACCGAACAAGUGCCAGCACAAUGCCCGCUGCAAUCCGACCAACAACUUCAUGGACUUUGUCUGCACCUGUAGCGCCGGAUACUCGGGACGCCUUUGCGAAGAUGACGUCGACGAGUGUCAGGCUUCGGCACCUUGUCGCAACGGGGCAACGUGCAAGAACACCGACGGAUCGUACCAAUGUCUGUGCGCCCACGGCUACGAAGGCAAAGACUGCACCAUCAACACCGAUGAUUGUGCUUCCUCACCCUGUCAAAAUGGCGGCUCUUGUCGCGACGACGUCGGAGAUUACGAAUGUUACUGCGUCAGCGGCUUCGAGGGAAAACACUGCGAAAUUGACGUGGACGAGUGUCUGUCGAACCCCUGUCUGAAUGGAGCUACCUGCAAUCAGUACGUCGAUUCAUACACGUGCACUUGCCCAUCUGGAUUUUCCGGUAUAAAUUGCCAAACGAACGACCAAGACUGCACCGAGAGUAGCUGCAUGUACAGCGGCACCUGCAUCGACGGCAUCAACUCCUAUAAAUGUAUCUGCAUGCCCGGUUAUACAGGCUCUAAUUGCCAGAAUCGCAUCCACCUCUGCGACAGCAAUCCCUGUAAGAACAGUGCCAUCUGUCACGACCACGACGAUCGGUACAGCUGCAAAUGCCCAUACGGAUUCACUGGAAAGAACUGCGACGAAUACGUCGACUGGUGCGUGACCAGCCCUUGCGAGAACCAAGCCACUUGUCACCAGGUGAAAAACCAAUACAGCUGUGCCUGCGGACCGGGAUGGACAGGAAAAGUUUGCGACGUGGAGAUGGUCAGCUGUACGGACGCGGCAAUCCGCAAAGGCGUCCACAGCAAACAUCUUUGCAACAAUGGCACCUGCGAGGACAUUGGCAACUCCCAUCGCUGUCGCUGCGUGGACGGAUACACCGGAUCCUAUUGUCAAAUAGAAAUCGACGAGUGUGAAUCUGCUCCGUGCCAAAACGGAGCCACCUGCAGAGAUUUAAUCGGUGGUUACUCUUGUCAAUGCACCAAGGGUUUCCAAGGUCAAAACUGCGAGCUCAAUGUGGACGAUUGCACGCCGAAUCCAUGCCAGAAUGGUGGUACUUGCCACGAUUUGAUUAACAACUUCCAAUGCUCGUGCCCUUCGGGUACUCUCGGCUUAAUAUGCGAAAUCAAUUCGGACGAUUGCAGACCUGAUUCCUGCCACAAGAACGGUACCUGCGUGGAUAAAGUCGGUGGUUUCGAGUGUAUUUGUCCUCCUGGAUUUGUGGGAACACGUUGCGAAGGUGAUAUCAAUGAAUGCUUGUCGAAUCCAUGUUCAAAUCCGGGGACUUUGGAUUGCGUCCAAUUAGAUAACAACUACUACUGUAACUGCAAAGCUGGAUACUCUGGACGACAUUGCGAGAAGGAGGUAAACAUCUGCGACAACUCUCCAUGCCAGAACGGUGGUAUGUGCUCUGCUAUUCGAGCCGGUCACAAAUGUACAUGCCAAGAGGGCUAUUUCGGAAAGAACUGCGAGUUCAGCGGUUACGACUGUGAAUCGAAUCCAUGUCAAAAUGGUGGGGUUUGUAGAAUACUUGAUGGAGGCGGAUACCAAUGUGACUGUCCGGCUGGAACCAAGGGCAAUAAUUGUGAGAUAGAUUCAUUUGACGAAUGCACUAGCAAUCCGUGCCAACAUGGAGCUAUAUGCCACAACAAAUUGGGUGAUUACAUCUGUUACUGUCCGCCGAAACGCAAUGGCAAGAAUUGCGAACUUUUCGAUCCCAACUUCAAAGGUGGCAUUGGAACGCGGAUGGAUGUUUCGCGUAAGGAUCCCACCAUCUACUAUGCCAAAGAUCUGGAGAUUCAAAGGAAACAGUGCAUCAAAAAUAAGUGUCCAUCAAAACGUGGUAAUUACAAGUGCGAUGAUGAAUGCAACACCUACGCUUGCGAUUUCGAUGGCAACGAUUGCUCAUUGGGUAUGAACCCAUGGGUUAAUUGCACGGCGCCUAUCAAAUGCUGGGAAGUAUUCAGCGAUGGUAUCUGCAACGAAGAUUGCAAUAACGCUCAAUGUUUAUUUGAUGGCUAUGAUUGCCAGAAGUCAUUGCAGCGUUGCAAUCCAGUUUAUGAUGCCUACUGCCAGAAACACUACGCCAACGGACACUGUGAUUAUGGAUGCAACAAUCCAGAGUGUAAUUGGGACGGUUUGGACUGUGAAAAUGAACCGCCGGCAGUUGCUGAGGGAGUCUUAUCGAUGGUCAUUCUCAUGGAUUUGCAAACGUUCAAGCAAAAUGUGGUUGCAUUCUUGCGUGAUACAAGUCAUCAACUGCGAACGACAGUGAGAAUCAAGAAGGACGAUUUAGGCAAUGACAUGAUUUACCCUUGGAUGAUUUCGACUCCAGUCAGUUUCCAAGAUUCUUACUAUGAAAAGAAACCGCAAGCUACAGGUGGCGCCGGGCAAUCGGGCGUCAAUGUAUACUUAGAAAUAGAUAACAGAAAGUGUACCACCGUUUCGGCCAGUUCCGAACUUUGCUUCCAAACAGCCACAUCUGCUGCAGAGUUCCUUGCUGCUAAAGCGUCAAAGCACACGCUUUCACCGUCUUUCCCAAUCUACCAAGUGAACGGUUCCACAAGUCCCAAUGAUUCCGUCAACGAAACAACAACAAAUGCCAAGUAUGUUCUAUACGGAAUACUCUUCGUUGUUCUAUUUGGCAUAUGCGCGGUAUUCAUCAUCACCACUCAGAGGAAAAGAGCUGCGGGUAUUACUUGGUUCCCUGAAGGUUUCUUACGCACCAACUCCGGUACAAGAAGACGAUCCCGGCGCCGCGGCCCAGAUGGCCAAGAGAUGCGAAACCUUAACAAGAAUCCGUCGAUCGCUUGCAUGGACUUAGAUAUGAAUAUGCACGGACAACACAUGGGACACGGGCAACAGUGGUCCGACGAUGAAUCCGAGGUGCCGCAACCUAAGAGAAUGCGCGUUCUGGAGACUGAUUAUCAAUGCGACCAAACGGCAAUCACCGAUUAUGAGGAGGCUGAACCCAGACACUGGACUCAUCAGCAUUUGGAAGCCGCUGAUAUUAGACCGUCGGCUAUGCUCACUCCUCCACAGGGUGAUACCACCGAUGCCAAUGCCAGAGGGCCUUGUGGAUUGACUCCCAUAAUGGUUGCAGUUAUCAGUAGGGGCGGCGGUUUAGAACCCUGCGAGGAAGAUGAGGAUGAUACGGCAGGUGCUGUCAUCCAGAACUUGGUAGCGCAAGGUGCUGACUUGAAUUCGACCAUGGACAAAACCGGAGAGACUCCUUUGCAUUUGGCUGCUCGCCUGACUCGAGCGGACUACGCAAAACGCUUCUUGGACUUGGGUGCCGACGCCAACGCUCAGGACAACACUGGCCGUACCCCACUGCAUGCAGCCGUCGCCGCCGACGCACAAGGAGUCUUCCAGAUUCUUUUACGUAACAGAGCCACCAAUCUAAAUGCUAGAAUGCACGAGGGAACUACGCCGCUAAUUCUAGCCGCUCGUCUUGCCAUCGAGGGAACAGUCCAAGAUCUGAUCAACGCCGAAGCUGACAUCAACGCAGCUGAUAAUUCCGGCAAAACAGCGCUGCACUGGGCAGCAGCUGUUAAUAACGUAGAGGCAGUCAACAUAUUGUUGUCGCAUGGUGCAAAUAGGGAUGCCCAAGAUGAUAAGGAUGAGACUCCAUUGUUCCUUGCCGCUCGCGAAGGUUCAUAUCAGGCGUGCAAAGCGCUUUUAGAGGCGUACGCCAACAGAGAGAUUACCGAUCAUAUGGAUCGGUCGCCACGGGACGUGGCCAGCGAACGACUGCACCACGACAUCGUGAGGCUGCUGGAUGAGCACAUACCCAGAAGUCCGCAGAUGGUGAACGUGAUUCCGAACAACUCGAUGAUGACGUCGCCAACUGGACAACUAAUCCAACAUCCGACAGUGAUCGUGCCCAAGAGGCAGAAAUCGAAGAGGCCCAGCAAGAACAACAACAACGGGCCGUUGGGACCGACGAGUCCGCAGGUGGAGGGUGCCAACACUGGCAGCAUAAGACGGAAGCCCAGUGUGAAGAAGGGUAAGAAGGCUCAGCAGGGAGCCAUGCAACAUUCAGAGAUGGUGCAGAACGUCGACUCUUCUGUGACAUUGAGCCCCGUGGAGUCGCCGAUGACGAACCUGCCGAGUCCGUACGACACAGCAUCGUUGUACUCGAACAUGGGGAUGACGGCUGGAUUGGAAGGUAUGCUGGUGAACAGCAAGCAACCGCCGCCCUACGAGGACGUCAUCAAGAACAACAACCAGUCGCUGCAUCUGGUCAGUAUGGAGAACUACAACGCAUACAUGUCAAACUUUCCGGAGCAGAUGCAGAUGCAUCAACAGCGGCAGAUGCAGCAACCGAAUACGCUGAGUCCACCAUACUCGAACCAAUCUCCGCCGCACUCGGUGCAGUCGAAUAUGUCGAUGUCACCGCAAGCGUACGGCUCCCCAUCGCCGGCAAAGACUCGGCCCUGCCUACCAACCAGCCCUACGCAUAUCGCUGCAAUGCGCGCCGCUACUCAACAGAAGCAUGGCGGCAUUCCGCAGACGCAGGCCGUGCAGAUGGGCUUCGACUUCAGCCAGGCCAGCCUCGAGCUGCCCUACAACGCGUCGCAUGUCGCGAACGCCAACACCGUUACGCCGCCAAGCCUGAUGCCGCAGCAGUAUCAGCAAAACUACUACCUGACGCCUCCGUCCCAGCACUCGGACGUCGUCACACCCCACAACAUCCCCGACAGCUGUUUCUCCACGCCAAGUCCCGAGAGCCCCGGCCACUGGUCCUCCAGCUCGCCACACUCUUGCAACUCGGACUGGUCUGAGAACAUCACCAGCCCAAAUACCUACACUUCUACGCACCAAACGAACAAAGGCUCGGAUGCGAUUUACAUCUAACCCCAACCCCGAACCGAAACUUUACAAUACUACUUUGCGUACUCUGAACAUACAUAAUACACAACAAAGAAACUAAAGAAAAGAAGUUAAACACACACGAGGAUAGCCCACAAAAUAUCCAUAUUAUUAUCAUUAUUAUUAAUUGUUAUUUAAACUCGCUGUAAAAUAAUUACGUAAAACAAUAUUAUAAUUAUAAGGUAAGUAUGAAAUCAAGGGGCAUGAAAACAUGAAAAGCUGCGACAUAUCCAAGUUUAUUAUUAUUAUUUUAUUAUAUAUUGUAUAUAAUAUUUUUAUAUUGUUAGUUAGACAUUUAAGAUUUUUUAUUUCAUUUCACUAGAUUUCAGUCUCAAACUAUUUUCUAACCAAUUCCUAAACUUCGACCAAUGAUGAUUACUAUAAAGAAGAAGAAAAAAUACAACACACACGUGUCUUAUUUUUGAGAUAAUUACUCUUAGGGAAAGGA